AAAACAAGAACAAUGUAUACGAAUUUCAACAAGUAUGUGUAGUAGAUCCAAUUUUAAGUUUAUUGUGAGCGCAAAAUACAAGUGUAAACUCCUUGUAUUUAGUGAAAUUGGUACAGAAAUUGUUAACGGAGGCAUUUAACAUAAAAACUAGCAGGAAGACAGACUUAAGUGAGUAGGGGAAACGAGAAUGAAAUUAAAAUAGCAAAAAUCAAGGCGCGAAGUUCUUCUAAAUAUAGAUGGGCGGGCGGAACGUGGUGCGGACACUGCUCACACUCAGUGCUCUAGAUUGACCUCGCUUUGUUCACUGUCAGUCCAGCUGCGCGCUAAUACAUUGUUAUUUUUUUUAAUCUACUUCAAUAACAAAGCGUGAUUAGCGUAUUUUAGACGUUUAAGCAACCUUUACAUUUUUGAGUGAAUAAAUUAUGUGAAGUGCGGAAUAUUAUUCCACAAGUUCAUCCAAAUGUUCAAAAUUGAGGCUUUUGUGCUCUAGUUUUGCGAACCGAACUAGCCGUCGCUGAUUCAUUUCAUCAAAUCAGGUAAUGAACGGAGACGUGGAAGGUGUGGCAUCUCGGCCUCGUCCAUUGUCUGGGGGUUUGUGGACCCUUUUUAACUGGCUGCGUCGCGACGACCACGCUUCUUCUAACGAAAGUUUAUCAAGUGUCGGGUCAGAUCGGACAGCUGCAAGCUUUGCAUUUUUAGCACCUGGAAAUUAUAACGUCAACAAUACCCCAGUGUUUUUGCCACCUCCAAGUCCACCUACGGACACGUAUAGGAAAAGAGUUCAGGAAAGAAUUGUACGACGUCAGCACGAACGAGAUCUCACUUUACACAGGAAAUACGGUCUCUAUAGAAGUGAAGGCAUUAAUAGUUACGACGCCUUCAGCCUACCACCAGCUCGAAGAGCUGAAAGUGAUAUAUCUAAUAAACGGGAACGGGAGCGAAGAGCCACAAGUGAAUGUUUUCAAAGACGUGCUGUGCAUGUGCCUGGUAAACGUCGUGCUCCUCUUCCACCCGGCCGCGCUUCUGUUGGAUCUUCAGCGACGCAUUAUAGAGGUCCUAGAAAAAGACCAGCUCCUCAACCGCCAAUAAAAUUGAUCGAAGAAAUUAAAGAUAGAGAUCAUAUAUCAAACAACUUUUCUAUACACAUGAAUUCACAAGCUCUUCGCGAGGAUGGGUCUUUGCAAAACACUAAUAAGAUGUCGACGGAUGCCUCAGAAAAAACUGUUAAAAAAGGAAGUACCUCUAAAGAAUCAAAAACGCGUUUAGAAAAAGGGUUUUUGAAACAUAUAUUUGAAAACAGAAAAAGGAAUUCCGCUGUUGAUACGUCCGCAGUAAAAAUAUUGCCGAGUAUUAGUGAAUUAGAUAAACAAGCAGCUUCCAUAAUAGAAAAUGGAAAACUUGAAGCUUUAAAACAAAUCUCGAAGCCUGAUGAACAUCCCCAGCAAAGUAAUUUGGAGAACGGUGACAAAAAACCAAAGGCAGAUAAUUGGUUUUGUAUAAAAUGUUUAAGAAAAUAUGAUUCAUCUGUUUCAGAUUGUCCUUACUGCAUAUUUGAAAGCAAACAAGUAUCUAUAAAUACAAACGACCCAGCAGCAAGUGCUUGUAAUAAUUACACACAAACAGAAAAUGGCAUUACGGGUCCAUCUUCCAGAAGUAAAAACAAAAGUGAAGAUAAACAAAAGUUAAAAGAAAUGUUGAAAGAAAUGAAAGACUCUCUACCUAAAAGGCCGAAACAUGAAAACAAACAUGUUCCAAAUGAAAAUAAAGUAACUUCUGUGCAUACAGUGUCUAAAACAGAUAUUGUUUCAGAAACUCCAACUCUUAGAAUAGGAGCUCACGUCAGUAAUGAAGAUAAAGCAUCAAUAUCUACAAAACCAUCUACAUCCGGUCUCAGAAAUAACAUAGUGUAUUCAAAAAAUUCAACUCCUUUACAAUCUUUCAAAAGUGUAAUAACUACGACGCCGUUGGUAAUUCAACAUGAAGCGAAACAAAAUUAUUUCGGAAUACCGAAUGACCGAAAUAUAAAAUCUAAAGAAUCUACCCAAAAUUCAUCUGCACAUCGUGAGGUGGUUGAAAAUAUAUUAUCAAAGCCUCCUCUCGCAGUAAAUAUCCAAAAAAGAGAAUCUGAAUUGGUUGGAUCGUCUGGCCAAAAUAAAAAUCUGCAAUCUCCGUUAAGGAUAUCAUUGUUAUUAAACCCAGUUUAUGUACCAAAAAACACGGAAUCAAAAAGUACGCCGUCUGAAAAUCCCUUACAUACUGAAACAAAAUCUCCUAUUAAUAAAUUAACCCAACCUGAAAAUAAGACUAUCAAUCAAAUACCAGUAAAGUCAGAAAAUAUUGCAGUUAAAAAACCGGAAAUAACUAAUACAUCAAUUAUUUCGCAUACGAAAAAUAUGAAUGGUAAAAUGAAUGAUGUUACUAAUAAUAAAGAAGGCUCUAACAUGGGUAACAUUACUUCAGAAAAAGUGACUUCACCAGUGUUAUCAAAUGCUACUUCAAAGAUAGAAGAUAAAAAUGCAACGAAAAAUAUAAAUGACAUAAAAAAUAAAAGUGAUGCGCAUCCGUCUACUUCCAGAGAUAUAUUGGAAAACGAGAGCAAAAUAAAAGCAAUUGACACGGAUGGAAUAAAUCAACACAUCAAAAGGCGGGAAUUGAUCAAUCAACUUGAGAAAUCCAUAGCCAAUGGCGAUGAACAUGCUGCAGCCGAAGCGGCUAUAAAAUUAGCACAACUGCGAUUAUCCUGUUCUGUGUUAUCAUUUUCGUCGCGGAUUAUGUCUGAACCAUCUACAUCAUCUUCAACCGCUCCAAAGGGAAAUCCCAUAGGAUUAAUAACAGUAGCAACAAAAAAUAUUUCACAUAAAACAGAGAUCAAUAAUGUAAUAGUGCCUACCGAAUCUGGUGUACUUUCUAAGAAGACUACAGAAAUCACACCAAUCGCAUCCUCAGCACAAAAAUCGCAAAGUGCAACAACAAUAAAAGAUUCUUCGGAAAAUGAUAAGGCUGUGCCGUCAUCUUCAAAAAAUGAAUCAGAAAAACGUGAACCACUUUUUAAUAAAGUUUCUCAGAAUGUCUCACAGUUUGAAGUUUUGCCACCACAAGAUAAAGGAAAUACGGAUGUUUCAAUAUCCGUGUGGAUUGAAGAUAAGGAAGCUACUAGAGGUCCGAUUAAAUUAAAAAUUCAACGUCAAGCUGUUGUUGGGGACUUAAGGCGACAAGCUGAGGCUGCACUUGGUCUUCCCUCACAUUUACAACGCUGGAUUGUCGGUCGCACCCUUUGUACUGAUGAUAACACCGCUCUCCUCUCACUUGCAGGAUCUGAAUUUAAUGCCCCAUUUUAUCUCUGUCUCGUGGAAACAGACCCUCAUGCGGUAGGCAUAUCUCGAAUUAAUACAAAAACACCAAACGUCGCAAAUGCAGAUAAUAACACAGGAAAUAACGUCUAUAAAGAGUUAGUACAAUUGGAACAACAAGCUUUAGUACCUAAUGCUGAAGUUUUCGAAUGUGGUGUUUGUAUAGAAGAAUGCAAAGCGGGAAGUGGCGUAGUAUUGCGCGAAUGUGUUCAUAUGUUCUGCAAAGAUUGUUUAGCGGAUGUCGUAAAGCAUAGCGAAGAGCCAGAUAUAUCUUGUCCAGCUAUGGGUUGCAGCGGAGUAUUACAAGAACGAGAAAUUCGCGGACUCGUGUCGCCAGAAGAAUACGAGAAAUGGUUAGCACGUGGUUUAGCUGCGGCUGAAAGUGGCACGCGAAACGCAUUCCAUUGCCGCACUAGAGACUGCACUGGCUGGGCUCUGUGCGAUCCUGGUGUUCGAAGAUUUCUUUGUCCUGUAUGCAAACACAGCAAUUGUGUGCCAUGUCAGGCUAUACACGAGGGAGAAACCUGCGAUAAAUAUCGAUCUAAGCUUCAAGCUGUAUCGAAUCCAAAUUCAAAUAAAUCCGAUGACAGCACUCGAGCCUUACUUACCAAUCUAAUCAACAAAGGGGAAGCACUCGAAUGCCCAGAAUGUAAAGCCAUCAUCACAAAAAUGUGGGGCUGCGAUUGGGUGAAAUGUUCUGCUUGUAAGACCGAGAUCUGCUGGGUGACGCGUGGCCGCAGGUGGGGUCCAGCAGGCCGCGGCGACACCAGCGCCGGGUGUCGCUGUGGUGUCGACGGCAAGCGGUGCCAUCCAUCCUGCGGUUACUGCCAUUAGAUACAAUAAGAUAUUGUCCCAAAACAUGGUUGUUUAAGAUGAAACAGUCAUGGUAAAAAUACUUAAAUAAAACAUUAUUUAUUUGAAUGUC